UGCUAAACAGUGCAGUGCACUCUUUGGCAAAAUUGAUUACCUCUUGGUGUCACCACUAUGAGGACCCUGCACAAUCAAUUUAGACAAGGCUAUAAUGAUUAAUUAUAUUGGUCAUUAUUGUUGUUGUUAUUACUGUAUUGUUACUAUAAUCAUUGUUUUAAUAUUAUUAAUCAGUUACAGUAAGUGAUCAUUCAGAAUAAUAAUUAUAUAUUACCACUGGCCCAGCCCCCCCCCCCCUUAAAUUUUUCAAUUUAAGGGAGACUGUGCCCCCCUUAAAAAUUGGAGAAAAAAAGAAAAUUUUCAAAUUUUAAGUCUGAGAGUUACAUUUCCAACUAUCUAGAGGUACCAUAAUUGUAAAUUUUCUUAUUUUAGCCCCAACCAUGGUGGAGCUGAGGUGGUAUAGACCUUCCAUCUGUCCUGGGCCCCUCUAUUUCAAAUUCCUGGAUCCGCCACUGCAUUAUUUCAUCUCGGUUUACUUUAUGUCAUAUACAGUAAUUAGUUUUCAUGUGUUCUGACAUUGAUUAUCAUUUUGUAGGUGAAGGUGUUGUGCCUGCUGGACAAACAGCACUACAUUACUGUCUACAUGCUCAGGGUACUUAUGAUGAACAGCGAGAAACAGCAUUGUGCUUGAUAAAAUAUGGUGCCUCAAUUUACCAAAAAGAUAGUGAAGGGAAUACACCUCUUGAUUAUUAUGAUCGUAAUAAAUGUAGUCAAUAUGAAGUAUCAACAAAGGAGGAAAAGAAAGAUGAACUUAAAAAAUUGCUUAUAGUUCCAGGAGAAUUAUUAGCGAGAGGUCCUGAAGCCAUUAAAGCAUUCACAUAUGAAGUCCAGAAUGGGAAAAUUACGAUGGUUAAUUCCAGAGUCAUGUUCCUUGGCAAAGAAGGUGUGGGCAAGACGAGUUGUGUCCGUUCCAUGCUUGCCAAAGAGUUUAAGAAGGAAGUACCAUCAACAGAUGGCAUUGUAGCAACAACAGUAUUUCAUACUGUUAAUGGAGAUUGCAACAAAUGGAAGGAACAGAAGGAUGUGGAUGUCUGA